AUGAUGGGUGGCGACCAGAGCUCGAGUACUUUGGACUCAAAGACAGAUGUUCUUAUCAUCGGUGCUGGGCCUUCGGGCCUUAUGGCCGCGUACUGGAUGGCCCGGUAUGGAGUGAACGCCCGGAUAAUUGACAAGCGAAGCACAAAAGUCUUCACAGGCCACGCGGACGGACUACGAAUGCGAACGCUAGAGCUGUUUGAUAGCAUGGGUAUUCAGCACCGGGUGAUGCAGGAGGGGUAUUCAGCUGUCGAGGCGAACUUCUGGGCUCCAGAUGAGAAUGGACUGUUGACUCGUCAGAAAUCAACCACGCCACAGCCAAGCAGUCGGUCUCCGUUCCACCAUAUGCUCCUGUCACAGGGCAGGAUUGAGCGGUUUAUUAUUGAUAGUAUUAGCCAACACUCUGAUAUCAAGGUUGAGCGGGGUGUGAUUGCUGAGUCUUUGGAAUUUGAUGAGAAGUUGCUUGGUUGUCGGGAUGAAUACCCGAUUACUGUUUGCUUAAGGACUCCUAGCAACGAUGACACGAGUAACGGUAUUGGUGCUAAUGGUGGCGGUGCUAAUGGUAGCACGUCUGUGAUGAAUGAGCUUGAGCAUAGUGCGAUGUUUGCGGAUGAUUCCAAGGAAUCUGAGAGGCAAUAUCAGCGUGAGGUAAAGACUGAGAGGAUUAAGGCGAAAUACAUAAUUGGCUGUGAUGGUGCGCACAGCUGGACGAGGAAGCAGUUGGAGAUUCCGUUCGAAGGAUCGAGCACAGAUCAUAUAUGGGGUGUUAUCGACAUAAUUCCCAUAACCAACUUUCCUGAUAUCCGCCGAGUAUGCGUGGUGACGAACACAUUCGGUACGAUUCUGGUAAUUCCCCGAGAGAGAAACCUAGUCCGUCUCUAUGUGCCAGUGCAAGUGAUCGACACAGCGACAGAGGGCCGAUUCGACAGAUCAACUGUAACACCUGACCUAAUCAAAGCGCGAGUGCAAGAGAUUCUAUCCUCCUACACAUUCGACUACUCGAUCUGCGAAUGGUGGACGGCGUAUCAGGUCGGCCAGCGAAUGGCACCGACCUUCGCUAAGGGCGAUCGAAUGUUCUUAGCCGGAGAUGCAGUACACACGCACUCGCCCAAGAUGGGGCUGGGCAUGAACGUGAGCAUGCAGGAUGCAUUCAACAUAGGGUGGAAAGUAGCUCUAGUGGUGACUGGGGCUGCAAACCCCUCUAUUCUGGCCACGUACGACACAGAGCGCCACCGACUUGCGGCUAUGCUGCUUGAUUUCGACCGGCAUUGGUCAGUGCAUUUCGAAAGUGACAGAGUGGCUGAAGUUAAUGCAAAAAAAGCGGAGACAAUGGUGAAGAUUGCGGAGGAUUUCGCGGAGUUUUCGGAUGGCUUUAAGGCGUUUUAUAGUGCUAGCGAGUUGGUUUGGAGGACUAGUCUUGAGGGAUCUAGUGCUGCGCCGAAUCUCAUCCCUGGUGAACGAUUCAUAGCGGCUAAACUGCGCAAUCAAGCUGAUGGUACGCCGCAGUGGACAACGCGGAUAUUUGAGAGUGACGGACGAUUCAGACUUGUCAUCAUGGCUGGUGAUGUGCGUGAUGAAAUGCAGAAACAGCGUGUUGCGUUCCUCUCGCACUAUCUGUCUGGCCAGAAUAACUCUAAGUUCUCCUUUUUGAAGCGGUAUACGCCUGUUGCUCGAUUUGAAAGCGCUAUUGAUAUUGUCACUAUCCACAGUGCGCCAUGGGGAAAGGCAGAGUUCUUUGACUUUCCGGAGGUACUACGUCCGUUUGACCCACGGACUGGGUGGGAUUAUUCUAAGAUCUGGACUGAUGAUCUCUGUAUGUGGGAUCUGGAGUGUGAUGGGAAAGGGUAUGAGCAGUGGGGUGUUGAUCGAUCACGUGGUGUUAUGGUGAUCGUGCGUCCGGAUCAGUAUAUUGGGUGGGUAGGCGAGUUGGAGGAGGUUUAUGAGAUGACUCGUUAUUUGGAUGGAGUUUUGGUGAAAAGGUCAAAUUAUUUGAUAGUUGAAGAUUUUGAGACCUUGACAGAUUGA